AUGUUCGAAUAUCUCAGUUAUGUAUUGAAGAAGCCAAUACCUCUGAUUUUCGGAGUGAAAACGAGAAAUGGAUCAUGGAAUGGAAUGGUUGGACAAAUUAUACAUAUGGAAGCUGAUAUGGCAUUUAUGCCCUUCUUCAUAACAUACGAUCGUUUUCGUUUCAUUGAUUUCACUAAGCCGGUGUUGUUUUCACGACUGACAUUCGUGGUAAGAGCUCCUUCAACUCAUUUCGAAUGGAACACCUUAAUUAAACCAUUCUCCUUAGAGGUAUGGAUAUUUACUGUUACAACUGUAAUAAUAGUUGGUGUAAUAUUGCGCAUGAUAAAAAUGGCAGAUAAUCAUUUAAAUAGAGCAUACAAACGUUGGUCACUAGCACAAGUAUUUUGGUAUCUUUUCAGCAAUUUAACAUAUAAAGGAGGAAAUUUAAAGUUUAUCAUUGGAUUUUCAUCUCAAUUCCUUGUAGGAGCAUGGUUAAUUUGUGUAACUAUUUUAUUAAUUAGUUACAGUGGAGAACUUAUCUCGUUUAUAACGUGUCCUCACAUGGAAUGGGUUCCCAUGACAUUUUCUGAACUGGCAAAAGCAGUCGAAGGUGGAAAAUAUAAAUGUGGUACUGUUGGUUCCUCUGCCAUUACCAAGUAUGUAAUUGGAUGGAAACAUGGAAGAGGAAGACUGUUAAGCGAACAUAUAAGGUCAAACAGACAUUACUUUUCACUUGAUGAAGGUAUGAGGAAAGUGUUAAAUGAACGUUUUGCUUAUAUUUGUACUGAAUAUACUCUUCAGAAGUUAGUCGAAGAAUACGGAAGAAGUAAUUUUAAGAUAUCUACAGACAUUAAGAUCACGUUUUCUACCAGUUAUGGAUUAAAAAAGGGCUUCGUAUAUCGAAAUGAUAUUAACAAAAUAAUAACCCAUGUUUUUGAAUCUGGAAUUGGGAUGUAUGGUGAUCAAUACAAUCAUAAUUUUAUUACCGAAAAAAACGAUAAUCAGCCAUUGAACAUGGAAGAAUUGAAGAGUGUAUUUGCACUUCUACUUCUAGGAUAUGCGGUUUCACUUAUUUGCUUUGCAGUCGAACUUCUGCUUAAAAAGUUCAUUUAUCAUAACUAA